AUGAACGAAGCGCAGUACGACAACUUCGGCGCCGAGUCAUCGGACGCUUACCCGGAGUACAUACCUUCGUCGCUGCAGGCCGAUCUUGCUGGAGUUAGUUUUUUGUUGUUUUUGAAACCUUUGGAUCAAAUUCAGAAAGUAAUUUAAUUUGUUUCGGUUCAAUUACAAAAGUUUCUCAUAAACUAGGAUAUUCCUUGGAGGUGAUUCUCCUGUCAACAUGCAGUUCUGAUAAAUUUUGACCGUGGUGGUAGACGAAGUAGAUAUGAAGCGUCAGGUCAAUCCAAAUGGGCCUGUUUUCACACUUUUUUUAUUUCAAAGUUGGGUUAAACUCCAGCCUCUAUUUUUUUUUCUGUUAAAAAAAAUUAGGAAAAUGUUCAUUUCUCAAUUUCCAAAUUUGUUAUUUUGGCUCUGUGAAAAAUAUCUCACGAAUAACAAUAGAGCAAGUUUUGUAAGGGACAGAAGACUCCAGAGUUGACAGCCGAUGAACAAUGACUCCCAGACAAUAAUAAAUAAGACACAAGAGCCCACAAUUAUUUAGUAGUGACGUAUGAAAAGAAAAAUUGAAAAAUGUGCGCAGAAAACACGGCUCCUUCAUGGAAGUGAAAAAGUCAGAUUUUCGUGGAACAAAAAUAAACGGAAAAAAUUCCUCGACCUUUUUUUUAUAACCGCACUAUUUCUGUCAAAGCUUUUUCAAGGUUCUAGUAGAACCUUUUUCAUUUCUUUCUUCUCUAUAAAACAUUUUUUUCAAUUAACUAGAUGAAAAUGCUCAUCAAUCGUAGUUUUUCUUGCGAAAGCUCUCAGUUGUACGAAAAAAAUUUAACACUUCAUAAUAGUAAAUUUUUCGCGUUUUUUUUUGUUGAAAUCUUUGCAAAGUACUUGGGAAGUUUUCAAACAUAAUGAGUGCGUGAAAAAAGUCUCCGCGAGUUCGCAGGAAAUAUUUUCAAUUACAACUAUUGCAAAAACCCUUUUGUUCUGGAUUUAUUUUUCCAAUCUCUGCUACUCUUUCCAAAGCUAUCAAAGGAAAAAGGUUGAGAAAAAAAUUCAUGUUGGAUUCUUAUUCAUUUCAAGAGCACUGCUCAACUUCCUGGACCACUUGUAUUCAGGUGGGGCCGGAUCAAUAUUUUUCAUCUUUAAUGAAAAACUUUUUUUUUUUUUAAGUUUCAAAUUCUUGAUCAUUGGAAGCUGAUUGCGUUUCCCUGAGUUAUCCACUUUCUGCAGCUUCCGAUUGUAAAAGAAAAAACGAAGUUUUGUACAGCCUAUGUACCGUGACUUUGAAUUUCACCAAACGACAUUCCGCUGUGCCGCGCGAACCUCUGCGAACCUUGGUCGCGCUUUUAAUUUUUUUUUUCAUUGAGGUACUCUACUUUCUUGUGCUCCCAAAGCAAUAACAAUCAAUUGAAACCUAGAUUCGAAAGACGCUUCGCGAAAACACGCAGCGGACACAGAUUGUCGUUCGGUGAAAUUUCAAGUCGUGGCACACAGACUAUAGAUUUGAAAUUCGACUUUGUUUUGAGUGAAGUAAUCUUAUCAUGAAGCAUUACUUUGAUCACAUGUAAAAUGCUUAAACUUAGUAUUUCUGUAACAAAAAACAUCUACAGGUACCUGCGUGGGCGAUCUGGCUGUUCGUAACGUGUUCCCUGCUGAUCGUUGCGGUGUUGUUGUUGGACUACUGCGUCAUCCGACGCAACGCUCUCGGCAACACUUGCUGCGCUAGAGCAAGGCAGAAACGCAACACGCAACAGUCUGCGCACCAGAAGCGUUCCACCAACAUGCUCCUUAAUGUAUGAUCCGUGUGUGAAGCCGUUACAGCGGCAUCCCCUAACACAGUGUCGUCUCACUAUUCUCACUAUUACUCAUCUCAAGUCGUCUUUGAGUCCAUAACCGUCGCGUUAUCAUCGUCCUGUCUCUCGCACUGUCCACCUCACCAACCGCCAACCAAGACCAACUCCUUCAUUCGAGUCCAGCAACGGUAAUCUGUCUAUCACUCGUAGAAUCUUCACUUCCUCACAACAAAAGUCAUUUUCAUGCCAAGUUGAACUCUUAUGAGAGUUUUCUCGAAAAAUGCUCUUAUUAAUAGUCUUCACUUGCACAAAAGGUUGUUUUGAAAAUAUGAAUUUUUUUAUGUUUGAGGACACUGCUCAGUGCUAAUGGCAAUUUACAAAACCUCUAAAACUAAAGUUUUAAACUUCUUUGAGCAUAAAAUUUAUGUAAUUUUUCAAACUUCCUAUGUGUGAUGAUACCUUCCAGAAAUUUUUUUCAAUUCUAGUUUUUUUAAAAAAACAAAAAAAUUCGUUUUUGCGCUAAAGUCGUGAGAAUUUGUUUCUCACAAAAAAAUUUCUUCCGACCGGUUUUUGAGCGGAAAGUUUUAUUCCGAUCUUUUUUUUGGAAAAUAUUUAUAGUCAUUGUUUCCUGAAUUAAAAAGGGAAGGGAGGCAAGCAAAGGGGCGGGACGCGUAGCGUGUGCGUACGGCAUGAGUUCAAUCCAACCGCCGGCGACUAUUUGGAGAGUUAUCGUUUAUCGCUCUUUUCAUUACUUUUUCAAUUAUUUAUUGAUUAUGUUCAUGUGUGCAUCAAAAAAUAAUAGAACAUGUAAAGAAAGAGCAGUGACCGAGCUUUGUGAAUAUUCGGUGCUUUUGAAUUGAACUCGUGCCAAGAACCGUGUACGCACACGCUACGCGUUCCGCCCCUGCUCCGCCUUCCUCUUUUUUCAAGUCGGAAAGCAUUGAAUAUAUCUGGAUGCUUUUUCAUUUUAGAGUUUGAUUCUUAACUAUGCACGAAAAUGUGAAUUUGAAACCUUUAAUUGGAAAAGUUGCUUGAAGAAAUGGACUGAAGAUAUUUUAUUGAGCACUUGCAUUUUUGAAAAUUUCAGCUUCAAGGCUUAUGAAAAGAUAAGAAAGAGAUUGAAUUGGGUCGGUUUGGUCAUGGACAGGCGGAGAGAAUGAUGAAUGAUUUAUGCUUGAACAUACGACGAUCUGUUACGAAAAUUAUUUCACUUCAUAUUAGUAAAUGUUUGCUUUCUGAAUGGUUUUUCUCGUAGAAAGUUUUUUUCAGGAUCGGCUUUCAGCUUGUCAGAAAGUGUUUGUCGUUUUAGACUAACUUCUUUUUAGCUUGCAUGAUUCUAAAGGGAUUUUGGCUUUGGUUUCUCUUGGAGGUACAUGCGCAGUGUACAUGUGAAUCUUCUUGCUUUUACUUCUUUUCCGCAUUCAACUAUUCAACGAGCUUUCGAUAAAAACUAACGAUGCCGCUUUGAAGUGAUUUUGAUUUGUUUUAUGCUGAUUUUGAAUGCUGCUAACUUCAAAUAUUGACUUGGGCUAUUCUAAUUUCUGAUUAUUUGAAAAAAGAGCAAAACUCAUUGGACUUUUAUACUCCAUUGAAUUCACUUGAUCAGCCUUCACUAAAAAAAAUCACCUUUUAUUUUUCUUCGAUUUUAUCGGUUUGCUCAGAAAACUGUUCGAGGCUUUUUUUGAAGUCUUCCUUACCACAGGCGCACAUUUUUUCAGCUUCAAAGGUAAAAGUAUCUUAACUUUUCCGCUUUAAGAUUGCGUCUUGUAAUCAAUACAGCUCAUUUCAAAAUUAUACCUUUGGAACUGAAAAUUAAUUUGAGCGGAUAACAACAGUAAUAAACUCUCGCUGAAAUUUCAGUCAGUGUUUCAGUGAAACAAUAUGUUCUUCAAAACGAAGUUAUCUCUCAGGAAAUAUAAUCCUGAACCAAACCUUAAAAAGUUUUGAACGGUUGAACCUUAUUAUGAAACUAUUGGCUCUUUUUUGUUGGCUUUAUUGACUUAUUAGGUUAAAAAAAAGGUCAAAAUCCCUUCAAAAGCUAGUUUUCUUUGUUGUGUAAUUGUGUACCUCCAUUUUAGAUUUUUCUAAAAUUGGAAAAGAUCGAAUUUCUUAUUUGUUUCUGAAAAUGGAUGAGUUGAUUCGUGUUGAGAAAAAUAUGUAUCAUUACAGAAGCUGAACCGAAACGCCAACGCGACAAUCGACCAAGAUGUCUGA